AUGGCUGGCGGUCAGUCCGAGGAGCCGGGAGACCGGACAUGGCAAGUGAACCCAGAUGCAGGUACCCUGCAAGGAUGGGGUGCGUUCUCGUCUCCGGUGGAAGCUGCGCCUGUGCAGCCACACGUGCAUUACGACGUUGCAAAAACACCUGGAGAUGAAGAGGGAGAUGAUGUUGUGGAUGCCUGCAAGCUUCAGGCACUUUUGUGUGACAAUGGUGCUCUCUUCGAGGUCUGCCAACAUGCAGUUCGGAUUGCUACCCAGUCGGGAGCCUCGUCAUCCCAGCUGACCAGCGUGGAGAUGCUGCAGAUAGCUUUGAACCACAUAUGCCGGCACUGCGGAAUUGACUCCGUGGACAGGGAAGAGGCCGAUGAGCUUUGGGAUGGUCCAAUGGAUGUGGGUGUUUUCUAUCAGUUUGCACGCGAGUACUUCAGUUCGUUGUGCCGCGUCCUCACGAUGGAUGUUUCACUCUUGCAGAACGGGUGA